AUGGAGAUGACUUCGGCAGAGCAGAAAAAACACUUGACAGACAUAUUUAAAGUGCUUAGCCAUGAGAUGCCGCUUCAGGAAGAAUAUUUCUGUCUGCUGAUGCUGCCGUUACUCCUCUAUAUGCCUGGCGAUGGCGCAGCCCUGACGGUGGCCUCUUUCGACAAACCCUCACACAACCCUGUUCUUAUCGGCUUCGUCUGUCUCACCUCAAAGUGGCUUGUCGCAUACAUGCUCUUCUACCUUUUAUUCUACGCAGAGGGACUCUCCUCAGACCCACAGUCAUUCAAUGGUAUGUUUCUCCCAAGCAUGUUUCGGUGGAUGACAGCUGGGGGACCUGGAAGCACGGCUUUUCCUGUAAUGUGGUAUGUGGUGACCCGCAUGUGGCCUGAAGCGUGGUUUCUGGGACUCAUAUCUUUUGUGGCGAUAUUUGCGCAGCGGCUUUCCAGCUGCUGGUGUCUCAUGAUGGUACAGUGGUCCGUCCUGCAGGACAUGAGGUGGCUAACAGUCCCGCCCAAGGUGCACGAGUGUCUACCGGAUCCGCGAGGCUUACUUCGUUCUCUACCCCGAACCGCUGAGUCCAGGGACAGAGACAUGAGUGUCCCCAGGAGGGAUGCAGAUUCUUAUCCUACGAAUGCUGCUCUAGGGCCUCCGCGAAGCGAUGCAGUGCCCCAGGAAAAUACCUCAGGGCUCUCCCAGAAACCUGGAAGUAUCCAGAAAAAGCCACUAGAGGGUUGCCACGUGAGGCAGCGCCGGUCCUCUUCGAAAGAUGAAAAAAAUUCUGGCAGUGCCAAUGGCAGGGGCGCAGGAAGCCGAUUGGUGUGGUCCCUCAACCGCCUGUUGCGUAGGAGUGCAGGGGAUACCUAUGAAGAUGUGGAUCCUCAAGAUAUGUUUGAUGCGAAGCAGGAGGCUAUGACCAAUGCGCCUCUGUCCUGGUGGGGUGGGCCGGACGCUGAAGACCCCGAAAAGCAUCGGCGGGGAGAGGCAGGAAAAAAGGGCUACAGGCUGAAAAAGUUUCUGCUGGCGUGCAUUGUCUACGGUCCCCCUGCUACUGUGUCAGCCCUUCUGGUUUGCUGCAGCCUGCCUGCUGACACGGCGGAGAACCCGCGGUUUACAGCUCCACUGCAUUUCCACAUGAUGCGACACACAGAUAUGUUCUUACGGCUUCUCUUGGGGAGUGCUACGUGCAUUCAUUUGGCAUGGUUGUUCGGUUUCAGGGAACAGGCGCAGCGGGUCGGGAUCCUACCGCUCUUAGUACUGGGUUUGAGCUCUGUAUCUAUGAUGUUGGUACCACUGGUGCGCGUUCUCUUUUCCGUUGACCUGUCGGUGUCCCUUGUCAUGCUGCUGUGGCUACCUUGGGCCUUCAUUGGACUUACCAUCGUAAUUAUAUCCGUUCAGACGGCCCACAACCUGCGAGACAUCCUGGAGCAGCAGAGGGGACCCCCUGCAAAACGCAAUAGACGCCCACUAGGAUCGCGUGUACCCCGCAAGCGCCUCCACCGCUCUGGAGCCCGUAGCCUAUCCCUCCGCGCGCGGACAAUGCCUUUCCUAGCACGUGAUGGCGGCUCUUCAUGUAACUCUCGCGAGGAUCAGCUUUUCGUUCACUCCAAGAGUUGGUCUCUGGAACGUCAUGGCUCUCUUCUCUGUAUGCGAGAUGAAUCAGUACCUCCAAAAGCUGCUCAUUCGCGCCUUCUGCAGCCCCAGAGGUACGCCUCAAAACAUGGCCACUCUCGGCAGCAAAUCCGAAGGGCCGCCUGGGUUCAGGCGCGGGUUCGAGAGAUGUUUACCGUGAUUAGCUUAUUUGUGCGCUUGCUGCGAAGCAACCUCUACUGGGCUUUCAUCGGGAAUGUAGAAAUUUUGCGAGCCGACCUGAACAUGGCGCUAUCUGGGAAUCCGUGCCGGCCUGUGCCCAUGCUUUGGGGUUGGCUUUUCAAGUUUGUUGCAACUCCCUGGUUGCUCGUGGAGCUCGUAGAACACUGCGUUGGGACCUUCCCCAAGGCUUUACAACAGGCAGAAGGCUUCAGCGUAGCUACGGCUUAUAUUCUCUUCGGUUGGACCAUUGUAAUUGUCUCCAUCAUUGUCUUCGGCGCUCUAUUCCCUGAUGCUUUGGAACCUCUCCUGCCUUCUCGUACGCUAGAGUUCCCACGGUGUUGGGUUCCUCGGAUCUCGUGGCAGUGGCGUUUGCCGCUGCUGGAAGAUAUAAACCCCAGAUUGUUUGGCGGCAGUCGACGUGGAGGGGCAAGACAAAAAGGGACGAAUCAGCGAGGGGCUGGCAAACGUUAA